UUUAUUCUUAUAGCAAACAUGAGCUUCAUUAAAUCCUUCUUCAUAUCCUUCUAUAUUAUCAAUUCUCAUUUCUUAAAUCAAGCAAACGCAAUAAUCGACAUACAAAAUAAUUGUCUUUUUACCAUAUGGGCAGCAGCCGUCCCCGGUGGGGGACGACGACUCAAGUAUGGUGAUACAUGGAAAAUCGAGCCAGACAUGACCACAAGCUCAACUAAAAAAGGUCGUAUUUGGGGUCGAACCAAUUGUAAUUUUGACUCAUUAGGCAAGGGUCAAUGUCAAACGGGGGAUUGCAAUGGACUACUCGAGUGUCAAGCUUUUAGUAGUACACCCCCAAACACUUUGGUUGAAUACACUUUGAAUCAAUUCAACGAUGCUGAUUUUAUAGGCAUAUCUCUUGUUAAUGGUUUCAACGUCCCAAUGGAAUUUAGUCCUGUGUUCGCGGAUGAGUGCUCUACUAGGAUCAGAUGCACCGCGGACCUCAUAGGACAAUGUCCAAAUGAAUUAAGGACACCUGGAGGAUGUAACAAUCCUUGUACGAUUUUCAAGACUGACCAAUAUUGUUGUACGUCUGGAAAUUGUGGUCCGACUAAUUAUUCGAGGUUUUUUAAGGAUAGAUGUUCAACUUCUUUUAGUUAUCCUUCUGAUGAUUUAAGUAGUCUCUUUACUUGUCCUAGCGGAACUAUCUAUAGAGUUGUCUUUUGUCCGUAAUGCAUAAUACAUAAAUAUAUUGUUUAACUUGAUUUCAACUCAUAUUUAUGUCCUCCAACUUUGGAUGUGUAGCACAGGUAGACACACUGAAAGUACACACACGUCCUAUCUGACAUCCUAUAAGGUAAUUUUCAUUCUACGUUGUGUCCUAUGUGUAUUAUAUCAUGUAAGACUCGUGUGUUUACUUGUUCAAUUUUAUACAAGUUAAAUGUCUGAUUGUGUACCA